AUGUCCACCAUAACACCCACUCCCCAACCGCACCUCGCCUCCGAGAAACCCCUAGUACACAGCCCUGAACCCCACCACUACGAGCACACAAAGUCCGACGCCGCCUACGUGCUCGCCCCGCGACACCCGCACCUCGCCGCCAUCAUCGCGGCCUUCACCACCGUCUUCAUCGGCCCCUUCGCCUACCUCCUCCUCUGCUUCUGGUACAACCGGUACACCCGCGCGCCCGUCCUCCUCUCCAUGGGCAGCGUCCUCCUCCUCCAAAGUGUAGUCACGCUGAUUGCGGGGAUCGUGAUACAUAACGAUUGUUUGGACCGUACGCGGACGACGGGGAAGAGCGCGUGUGAGGUCGGGUAUGGGUACUAUGACCACACGGCCCCGACGCUGCAAUUCGAGUGUGUGACGGAUUGUAGCACGAUUAUCAAGGCGUUGGGCGGCGGCGCGGCGGUGUUUCUCGCCUGUGGGAUCGUGUCGCUGGUGGGAGGUGGCGUGGGGAUGUGGAAGUUGCGCCAGGCACGGAAGGCGCCGCCGCAGCUAUCGGCCUGA